UUUAUAUAUUUUUGUAUAAAUAUGUAUAUAUAAUUAUAAAAGUAGGUUUCGUGAGAGCAGUCGUCCCAUUCAAUCAUUUUAGUUGAGAAGUUGUCGUCCAGAUCUGAGCCUGUGAGCAUCCACUACUCACUGCAAUGGGGGAAAAGGAAAAGGUUACGAUUAUGGUGCUGAAGGUGGAUCUUCAGUGUCACAAAUGCUACAAGAAGGUCAAAAAAGUUCUUUGUAAAUUCCCUCAAAUACGAGACGAGAUAUACGACGAGAAGCAAAACCAAGUGGUGAUCAAAGUGGUAUGCUGCAGUCCAGAAAAGAUAAGGGACAAGAUUUGCUGCAAAGGUGGGAGUGCCAUCAAAAGCAUCGAGAUCAAAGAGCUCGAGAAGAAAACAGAUGACGGGAAGAAAAAUGAUGACGGGAAGAAAAAAGAUGACGGCAAGAAAAAAGAUGACGGCAACCCUAAAGAUGACGGCAAGAAAAAAGAUGAAGUCAAUAAAAAAGAUGACAGCAAGUCUAAAGAUCAUGUUGUGCCAGGGCACUCACUGCAUGUCCGACCGUGUUGUAUGGAUUGUUACCAGGGGCAUGCGGGUGGGCCGUGCUACAAUGGUUAUGGCGGGGGGCCAGCCCCGUAUAUCCAGUAUGAUGGUUAUUAUGGAAGGCCUGUGUAUGACAGUUACGGCGGUGGCAGCAUGGGGUAUUGUGUUACCCGCCCUGAGUAUUUCAAUGAAGAAAAUCCCUCAGCUUGCACAGUCAUGUAAAUCAUCGAUCAUCUUGUUGGACAGUGACACCUUCUUCAAUCUCGGGAUAAUAUUUUGGUAGUGUUUGUUGGCUGCUAUUAAUAUGGUAAGAAAACUAACGAAAAAUCUAAAAAAAACUUUAAUUUUAAUGAAAAAUGAAAAAUAAAUGUGUAGUAAAUAGUAUUAGAAAAAAGAUAAAAAUAUGAUUUUUCGUUAAAAAUGAACAGUAUCAGAAAUGUUUCGUUAAUGAUCAUAUAUAUUGUUAAGUGAAUAAUAAAGUUGGUGGUUGUUAAGUCA